UAUGUCAACCUUUUCAGAACAAGCAUCGUGACUAGUGGCUGUAGAGGUACCGUGUCUUCUUGUUUUUCAACUAAACAGACAGUAUAAAAAUGCCAAACAAAGAGAAAUCAGCGCAAAAAAGUGGUAGUAUCAAAACAAAGUCAAAGAAGAAAACGUUAGAACUUGGGAAUCUUGCCAUCGACAUCGAAAAGCAGAAAGACUUCGAGGAUAAAGUUGCUAACUUGCCCUCUGCUGAGGCUUCAGAAUCUGGUGUUAUAUACAUUGGUCACAUUCCUCAUGGAUUCUACGAAGAUGAAAUGAGAAAGUUCUUUUCACAGUUUGGCACCAUAAAAAGGCUGAGGCUAUCAAGAAGCAAAAAUACUGGUACUUCUAAAGGAUAUGCAUUUGUAGAGUUUGAAUAUGAGGAUGUGGCAAAAAUAGCUGUUGAAGCAAUGAAUAACUACAUGAUGUUUGGAAGACUUAUCAAAUGUGAAAUUGUACCAAAGGAAAGAUUACAUCCUCGUAUCUGGACUGGUGCUAGACGAAAAUUCAGAAAGAUAAACUGGGCUGAAAAAAGUAGAGUAAAGCAUAAUAAGGCAAGGACUCCAGCUUCACGUGCAAAGUUGGUGAAAAAAUUGGUAAGCAAAGAAAGUUCUAAGAGGGAGAAAUUGGAAAAGCUUGGCAUUGAGUAUAAAUUUCCUGGUUAUUCAUCACAGAAUCAUGGACAUAACAAACACACAAAAUUUGAGGAUGAUUAGCCAUAGAAGUCCACAAUUAGACCACAUCCGGAUGACAACAGAAGGUCCUAAUCCACCAAUUUCAGGAUGAACAGUCCUCCAGGGAUUUUUCUCAGCCUAUGUUGAAGUUUUGAACUGAUAUAUUCACCAGUGCUACAAUCUAUACUUUCCAAAAUAGCUUUUUAUUUUUUAAAUGAGUUACAAUAAACCAUAAGUCUCUAUAAA